AUUUUUAUUUUCACUUUCGUACUCUACAUUAUCGGUAUUAUUAUAAGACGCAGAUUGUAGUGCCACUGUUGGUAGGAAUUAGUAUUAAGAGUUUCGUCUUAAGCACAUGUUCGGUUUAAUUAAGUUCAGGUAUCUGAAUGUUAAUUCUACAGAGAAAAUGAAUAUACUUAAGUAUAUUUAAAAGAUACAUUUCUUUUUUGUAUUUAUAGUAGAUAUUAAAAAGUUAUAUUUGUGAAGUAAAAUAUAAUUAUUACAUACGUAAAGAUGAAAGGACAUAGAAGUGAUAUUAAAAAUAAAAGUGUUUCUAAGUGGUACGAGGAGUUUCCUAAAGCAGAAGUACCUUAUAAGCAUGCAAAAACAGAUUUUGAAGUGUUAAAUUUAAAAGAGGAAGGAAAGAAGUAUCUUAAUGCAGACACUUCAGCUUUUCAAUUAAAACAAUCGCACUCUCGAAAUUCAGAAAUUAUGUGGUUAAAAACUGCAUUAACACGUGGUACAACUUCUGAUAAAGUUGCAGCAGCAGUUGUUUUGAUACAAGAUAAUCCAAAAUAUAAUCUUGUGCAACUAAUAUCUCUUAUUUCUCAAGUAAAAGCAGCUAAACACAAUCAAUGCAACAUGAUUAUAACUGCUUUAAAAGAUCUUUUUUUAUCCGACUUACUUCAUCCUAAAUAUAAACUCUUAAAAUUUGAAGAGCAGGAUUUAGAUAAGAUAGAUAACUUGCAAACAUCGGAUCAAAUAAAUAAGAUAGAUGGAUCUAGAAAAAAAUUAUUGGCACAUUGGUUUUUUGAAGAUCAAUUGCGUGAACAGUAUGAAAAUUUUGUUUUGUCACUUGCAAAUAUUGCCUCAGAUACAGUGGAAACAAAUCGUGAGAAAGCAAUAUCUAUAAUGACAGAUUUGUUAAUUGGAAAUGCUGAACAAGAACAUAAAUUGUUAGAAUUGAUUGUAAAUAAAAUUGGUGAUCCACAUUGCAAAGUAGGUUCAAAAGCUGUAUUUUGUUUAAAAAAAUUGUUAUAUGAACAUUCCAAUAUGAAGUUUGUUGUGUUAAAAGAAGUUGAAAAGCUAUUAUUUAGGAAGAAUGUAGGACAACGUGCACAAUAUUAUGCAAUUUGUCUCUUAACACAAUUUGUAUUAAAAACAGCAGAUGACGAAAUAGCAACUUCUCUUAUAGAAGUAUAUUUUGCAUUCUUCAAAGCAUGUUUGAAAAAAGGAGAGCCAGAUAGCAGAAUGAUGGCAGCAAUCUUAACAGGAGUUAACAGAGCAUAUCAUUUUGCAAAAAUGGAUUCAGUUUUAUUACGUGAUCAUAUUGACUCUGUAUAUAAAGUUGUGCAUAUUGGAUCUUUUAAUGUUUCAUUAAAUGCACUUAAUCUUUUAUAUCAUGUUGAAAGAACAAAUCAAUCAAACAGGUUUUAUACAGCUUUCUAUAAAAAAUUAUUGGAUCCACAAAUAGGUAUAGCAAAGAAACAAGCAGUUUUUUUAAAUCUAUUAUAUCGUGUACUUCAAAAUGAUCAGAGUUUGUUACGCUUGUAUGCUUUUAUAAAACGGAUAUUACAAAUUACAUUGUAUUUUCCUGCAAAUAUGGCUUGUGCUACUUUAUAUUUGAUAUCCAAAGUUCUACAAUCGCGUAAGGAUUUGAAGAACUUUUUGUUACAUUCUCAAAAUCCCAUCAAAAUAGAAAAUAAUUUUUCUAAUGCACAAGAGAAUAAUUCAUCAAAAAAUAAAGAAAUUAUUAAUAUUGAUGAAAAUGAGUCUAUAGUUCCACCAGAAAUAGAUCUAAAUAUUAUGAUGAAUGUUACCAUCAAUACUACUGAAAAUUUACCAAAACAGGAUAUUGAUGUAAAACAAGAUGUUGAUGCAGACAUUAAAGAUAUUGUACAGAAACCAUAUGAUCCAUUUUGCCGUAAUCCUUUAUAUGCAAAUGCUAUGAAAAGCUUAUAUGCUGAACUUGUAUCAUUGUCUAAACAUUUCCAUCCGAGUGUGUCUUUAUUUGCAAAUGCAAUUAUUCAAGAAAAAGCUAUUAAUUAUACAGGAGAUUCUUUGGAAGAUUUGACAUUAAUACGAUUUUUAGACAGAUAUGUCUUUAAAAAUCCUAAAAAAUUAGAAGAUAAAAAGGUACAAAAAAAAAAUGAUCCAUUGGCACAGCGUGGUAGUUAUGUACCAAAAGGUAUACGUUCUCUUCCUGUUGAUAGUAUGGCAUAUCUUAAUGAGGCAGAAGAGCGUAUCCCAGUAGAUGAAUUAUUCCUUUAUCAUUAUUUAAAAAGAAAAAGCGAAUCUACAAAUAUAUACAAUGAUAAAGACUCUGAUAGUGAAAGUGUUAAUAGUGAAGAGUUCAAUGAAAUGUUAGAUAAAUUUAGUACCAAUAAAGAUUUGGAUGAUUUGGAUAUUGCUGCAGCUAUUGGAACAAUAAAAAAUAAAAAAGAUGAUGAAAUAGAUGAUUUUGAAAAUAGUGAAUACAUAGAAAAUGAAGAAAAUGAUGUUAAUAGCAAUACAGAAUUAGAGGAUGAUAUUGAUGAAAAAAGUGACAAUAGUCUGGAUGAUGUAGAUGAUUUUGAUAUAACAGACAUAGAAAAUGAAGAUCUAAGCGAUAUAUAUUUUAGUGAAGAUAGUGACAAUAAUGAUGAUGAUGAUCUAAGUGGAACUAUCUUAAAUAUAAAAAAUAAACACAUCAAGGACAAUGAUCCAAUUAGACAACGUAAGAUAAAAAAGAAAAGCAAAAAGAAUUUAGACGAUAUAUUUGUAUCCGCAGAAAAAUUUUCGCAAAUGUUAGAAGAACAAAGUCGUACGAAAAAUAAACAUGGUAGUACAAAUGCAUUGAAUACAAUGGAUGGUGCCACUUCUAAACAAAUAGAUUGGGAAACAAAAAGAAAUCAGAAACUUACUAGAUCUUUUGAUAGAAAGAAACGAAAACGCGUCAAAAUAUCGAAUAAUAAAAACAGUAAGAAAACCAAACGAUAG